CCCAUGCGUUCAUCACUAAGCGACAAAGAUGGCUGCCUGUGGGCUUUUCCGCUCCCUGUCUUCCAACUUUUCCACACUUUUGCCUUUACUCACCCGCUCGACUGCUCUUUCUCCCCUGCGACUGGCGUGCACACCUUAUCCUCGGAGAACACUAGCCUCCUCUGUCCGGUUAUCAGCAGCACUUAAAUUCACAGACAAGCACGAAUGGAUUCGGGUAGAAGACGACGGAAUUGGGACCGUCGGCAUCAGCAAAUUCGCGCAAGAGGCUCUGGGAGAUGUAGUUUACUGUGGACUGCCAGAGGUGGGGACACAGCUGGCUCAACAAGAUGAGUUUGGAGCUCUGGAAAGUGUGAAGGCAGCCAGUGAACUCUAUUCCCCUCUGACUGGAGAAGUUGUUGAGGUCAACACACUACUGGCAGACAACCCUGGUCUUGUCAACAAAUCAUGCUACAAAGAUGGCUGGCUGAUGAAGAUGACCAUUGCCAACCCCACUGAGCUCGACACUCUAAUGGAUGAAGCCGCCUACGAGAGAUACAUCCGCUCCAUUGAGGACUAACCUAACACCCUUUUAAGUGCUAUGCUCCCUAUCUCCUUUUCAAACACCGCUGGCAGGGAGAUGCACAAGAUGUGCCUGUGUCAGGAACAACGCUCUGCUUAGCAUCCACCAGUGGAGCUCAAGACCUCCAGUUCUCUGACCUGCCAAUGUUGUAGAGCUGUUAGGAAUCCAUUAUCUACUGUUAAAGACUGACUCACGGGGACCUGCCAGUCUGCACUGACUGAAAAUUCAGUGUUGAGUUCUUGCAGCCCCAAACAGAAGAGACUGAGACUAACAGUCAAUAGAACAGUUUCCAAGCAUUUUAGUCAAAACUUAAACUUGAAUUUCUGUUCUAGGGCAUUGUUAGACUUUAAAAGAAGCACUUUGGUCUUUAUGGUAUUAUUAAUUAUGUUGGUCUACAUCGCAUGUAUGACGGAAACAUUGUAGACAUGGGACCUGUACAAUAGAAAAUAAACAGUUCCUUACACAUUUGA